UUAAUCGUCGUCGUCGAAAGCUCAAAGUCUCCCCUCCCACUAUUUAUUUGCUUUUGCUCGCCCCCUUUCCUCGCGCCCUCCUCCGCCUUGCCCGCCGGAACAACAGCCACACCAAAACCCUUCCGUUUCCUCGCGCUGCUUCCCCGGCCGACCGAUGGAGUUCGCUCGCCGAGGCCCCGCCACCGCCGCGGCCGACGAGGACGUGGACGUGGACGGGGGCCGCCGCUUCCCCGACCCUCCGCUGCCUCACGGAGACGCGAUGCUGGUGAUCAGGGACGCGCUGCUGUCGCAGCUCCAGAAUGAUCGCCUUCGCCAGGAGAUCAUCAUGGUCGAGCUGGGCAAGAUAGAACGCGCCAUGGCCCUGAGCUCCGCUUCCCACCAAUGCACUGCCUCUGCCGUUGCCGAACGGGCUGAGCCGGUGCCCUUCGCCUUCAGUGAGCAGUUCAUGCCGCACAGCAGAGUGGCGGUUGGUCCCGAGCGUAACGUCGGCGUAGAUGAGGUCCAUGAUCUGAAGAAGAAAGAUGGAGUGCACGGCGGUAUAGAAUUGAACUCCCAGAAGCCUGCCAUGGAAGAUCUCGUCCGUGAAUGCUUGAAAACUUCUUGUGGUACUGAUAAGGCGGGAGGUCAGGAGAAUGCAGCACUUGAUGAGUGCAAGCUGCAAAAGUCCAAUGAGACUAUACUGUCCAAGAGGACGUCGCCUUCAGUAAAAUGGAGUUGUGCCAUCUGCCUUGUGGAAGCAACCAGUGAGGGCAACUUGCUGCAGCAUUUUGCAGGGCUGAAGCACCGGUCAAAUGUCAUUGCUCUGAAGGCAAAAGCAAAAGCAAGAGCAGAGAAAUCAAGAAAGGUGAGGCAAUAUGCAGAGAAGCCAUGUCCAACAUGGGUUUGCAGAUUUUGCCAAGCAAACUGCACUUGCAAAUCGGACUUGGAGAACCACCUGAAAGGCAAAAGACAUCAGGCAAAGAUCCAAGCCCUGCUGGAAGAAAGCAAGAGCAUGGCAAGGAAUUCUGUGCAUUGGGAAGCGGAUUCGCAUCCAAACAUUGUGCCGCAGGAUGAAGAGAAACCAGCUUCUUCAAUAUUGAUUUGCAGCAUUUGCCAAGUUAAGUGCACUUGUCAAUCAGUCGUUGAGAGCCACCUUCGAGGCAAGAAACACCAGAUGAAUUUCCAGGCCCUACAACUCGAAGCCAAGCGAGUGGGAAAUAUGCCGCCACAAAUCGCCAAGAACCAGCAACCACCCAAAAAAUGGGGCUGCAGUAUCUGUCAGGCCAAAUGUAACUCUGAAUCUCAAUUUGAGGAUCACUGCAGAAGCAUGGGGCACCAAAAGAAGAUAGAAGCUCUGCAUAGAGAAGGCACGAAUGCGCAAUCAAGCAGUCAGAAGACGGCAGGCAAAGAAUCUACCUUCGGAUGGUUCUAACAGCCAGGGUGUAAGCUCAAAGGAGAUGGAGAUACAGAGGACAUUAUACUUUCGCAAGCUUCUUAGAGAAAAUGCAUCAAGAGUAUGAUUGCGGAACAUCGCAGGGGGAGCACUUAGAGAAGGUGGAGAAGCGGAUGUUGAUAAGCUUUUGCGAGAUCUGCAAUUGUCAGUGCAACAGCGAAAAAAUGCUCGCACACCAUCGUACUGGGAAGAAGCAUCUGGCAAAGCUCAAUGGUUGAUCACCAUCAUUCAUUUCGAGUACCGACUUCAGUUGUUUCAUCCGUCAAGUACAAUAUAUUCAUGUUGCAAUGCUAGCAUAGAGUACUUAAAUC